AUGAAGCCUACGGCUGGCGGGGGCCCCCCUGCUGCGCCGCCCGCAGCAGUAGCGGCCUCCCAGCCGCCGCCGCCCGCAGCUGCUCCGCAGCCCGCAGCGCCUGCUGCUGCGGCUGCUGCUGCUGGGCGGCCGCACAGCGCUGCUGCUGCUGCGGCGGCGGCAGCCCCGGCAGCAGCGACUGGUGCGCGGAGCUCGGCAGUGCCGCGCCCGUCCGUAGGCGCAGCGGCAGCAGCAGCAGCAGCUGCUGCUGCUGCAGCGGCCUCCGCCGCCGCGGGCGCCCGCGCCCACGCAGCAGCGCAGGGCUCCCGACGUGGCAGCACGGGGGGCCCCUGCCCCGGCAUGGUGCAGGUGGGGGACCUGCCAAUUCACAAACACCGAGACAAGAUCUUGGAACACAUUAACAACAACUUCAUAACUUGCAUUCAGGGGGAAACUGGCUGCGGCAAAAGCACGCAGGUCCCCAAGUUCCUGCUGGACCAAGAUGCAGAGAUUCAGAAGGCCCUCGCGGCCCUGAAGGCGGGCGGCAAGGCCCCCCCCUCCAGCAGCAGCAGCAGCAGCAGCAGCAGCAGCAGCGGGAUCCCGCUGCCGCCGCUGAAGGACUACCGGCCGCUGAAGUGCAUCGUCACGCAGCCGCGAAGACUUGCAUGCAUUUCUUUGGCGCAGCGCGUGGCCAGAGAGCUGGGGGAAGACACGGGGGGAGUUGUGGGCUACAGAAUUUCUGGGGAGAGCAAGACCAGCCGCCGCACCAAGAUCUUCUUCAUGACCACUGGUUACUUGCUGCAGAUCCUCAUCAACGCGCAGCCGGCCCUCUCCCACAUCCUCACGGAGGAGGAGCUCAACUUGGAGGCCGCGGGCAAGCUGGCGGUGCUGAAGCAGCGCGCAGCAGCAGCAGCAGGGGGGUCUGCCGCUGCUGCUGGCGCCGGCAGGGAGCUGCUGCAGGAGGAGGAGCCCCCGGAGGAGGGGGGGCCCCCCGGGGCCCCCGGGGGGCCCCCGGGGGCCCCCGGCAGCAGCGAAAGCUACCUGGAUAGCGUGACGCAUGUGAUUUUGGACGAAGUGCACGAAAGAGAUGUGGAUGCAGAUUUGCUGUCGCUGGUGCUGAAGCUGCAGCUGCGCAGCCGCGUGGGCCGGCUGAAGGUGGUGGUGAUGAGUGCCACGAUGGAAGGCAAUUUGUUCUUCGAUUAUUUCUCAGACAUUCAUCUCCGAAGAGUUCCGGGGGAGGGCGCGGGCCGCCAGCUGCGGCCUGAGGCCGGCGGCCGCAGCAGGGGCGCCGGCGAGCCCGCAGCAGCAGCGGCAGCAGCAGGGGCCGCCGCAGCAGCAGCAGCAGCGGGGGAGGGGGGCGCGAGGGGGGAAGCAGCAGCCAGCGAGCUCGAGAGGGAAAGGGAAACGCAAAGACACUUUCCAGAUAAGAUCUUCGUGGGGGCCCGCAGAUUUCCCGUACAAACUCUUUAUAUAGACGACUUGCUGGGGGCCCCGCAGCAGCAGCCGGCGCUGCGGCCCAUCGCAGUCGAAGAGCUUUCGGGGCAGGGGCUCCUCAUAGAAGGCAGGGACGAGGAGGCCCCCCAGCCAGAGGCCCAGCAGCAGCAGCAGCAGCAGCAGCAGCAGGAGGCACAGGGGGGGAAGCACACUGAGCAGGACGCAGGCGCUGCCAGCAGCAGCGGCGAGGGCGCAGACGGUGCGGACGCAGCGACAGAUAACCAGCAGCAGCAGCAACAGCAGCAGCAGCAGCAGAGAGGGCUAGACCGGGUAUGCGUGGACUUAGUUUCAACUUUGGCCUACGGAGGCGAAACAGUCUUGGUCUUUUUGCCGGGUAUUGCGGAGAUUUCGACGCUUUUCGAGGCCCUGGCGUCCCUCGAGAGGGGCCCCCUGGGGGCCCCUGUUCGUGGGGGGGGCCCUGCUGCGUCCGAGGGCGACCGCGCCUCCGGGGCCCCCGGGGGCCCCGGGGGCCCUGACGGUACCCCCAGCCCCGCUCAGCCGGCCUGCAAGCUGUUUGUGCUGCACUCGACUAUAGGGCGGGAGGAACAGGCCGAAGUCUUCAGCGCGCCUCCAGCAAAUGUUUGCCAUGUGGUUUUGGCCAGCAACAUUGCGGAAAGUUCUCUGACUUUGCCGAACUGCAGAGUCGUUAUUGACUUUUGCCUCCGCAGGCAAAUGAUUUACGACCCGCGCCGCCACGCCUCCGCACUGGUCAAGUCCUGGACUUCCCACGCUUCUUCGCAGCAGCGCAGCGGCCGCACAGGCCGGGUGUUUCCUGGGGUGUGCGUGCGUCUGGUGUCUUCGUCGUUUUACAACAAGUGUCUGCGCGUCUUUGACCUUCCCGAAAUGCAAACUGCGCCUCUCGACAAACUCUACAUAACUGUGGCCCACCUCACCAAGCGCCUCAACGCCAUAGCCAAGGCAGCCCACGCCCUCUCCCCCACAGAAGCUCCCCCGCUCCAGCCCAGGGACAGGCCCAGCACUAUACAGGAAAGCAUGCGAGCCGGCUCUUUGACCCCGGCUCAGCUACUGCUGCUCACUGUACAGCCGCCUCCCGUCUCGGCCCUCACUGCUGCACAGGCAAGCCGAGAAGCCCCUGCUGCUGCUGUUGCUGUAGCUGCUGCAGUAGCGGCUCGUACAGCAGCAGCAGACGACUUGGUCUUCUGCUGCCUUCAGGCGGGUUUAAGGGAACAGGGCGCUCUGGACGCUAACGGGGAAAUAACGCGUUUAGGCUAUUUGAUGAUGCAGCUGCCUAUAGACGUCCGGCUCUGCAAGCUUGUGUUUUUGGGAAUUGCUUUUGGAUGCCCGCUGGACGCGGUGGUGUUGGCGAGUUGUUUGGCGAGUUCGGACUUGUUUGCUUUUCCAGCUUUGAUGCUGCUGCAGCGGCAUUCGAAGGUUUCUGCGGGCUUGGAGGCUGCGCUGCAGCUGCAGCACCAGCUGAAGUCCAGGGCCCUUUUCGACGGCGGCCACUUUUCCGAGCCGCUCAUGCUGCGCAACUGCUUCGUCGAGUUCCUACUGCACUUCGCCUCCUCCACUGCGGAGCUGCGCGCGCGGUUGGCGCGCCAGGCGGCAUCUAGCCACUCUCGCCGUUUGGAAAUGAACAUGAAAGUGGAGUACAACAGGGCGGCCCGGGAGUUCGGGCGCAUGCACGCAGUGCUGCCGAAGCGGCUCAUCCAGACCACACUUCUUUGCUGCGACCUUUGCCAGCGGGUCUUGAAGCUGGUGGAUGCCUCCUCCACAGCGUACAAGCGUCUCAGCUUCUUGCUGCAGCUGCUCCAAGACGGGAGGAUUUUCCCUCCACAUCUUCAGCAGCAGGCUGCAGGCAAGGCAGGGGGCCUGCAGCAGCAGUGGCAGUGGCGGCGGGGUGACCCGAAGCAACAGCAGCAGCAGCAGCAGCAGCAAGCGCAGCGCUUUGGGGGCGAGGCAACGGGCGAGCUGGAGACGGCAAUAUCGUACGACCCCCAAGCAGCAGCCGCAGCAGUGGAAAACCACUUCGUCUCAGACCCCAUUCUUCUCAAGGCGCUGCUUGCUGCUUCUUUUUCUCCUUCCUUCAUGGUUGGAAAAGUCAAGAAGUGCAUCGACGGAGAGAAACUGGUCGACAAGGAGGACACGGAAGACGCAGACGAGGGAUCCGUGGCCCUGUACAGCUGGUUGGCGGAGCGGGGAGUUGAACUGAGCCGGUGUUUGUUUUUCAACCGCGUGUUUGGCUUUGGGAAGAUGAGCCAGAUGCAGUCGGCGCUUUCUUUGGUGCUGCCCGGGGUGGACUUUUUGCUGAUUUACGGAGACAGUCUGUCUCCGUAUGUGGAGCUGUUUGCGUCUUCUGCUGCAGCAGCAGAAGACGCAGCAGUGCUGUCGCUGUCCCGCAGCAAGACCCCAGAGAGCCUGGGCUCCUGCGUGAUUCUGUACUUGCCACCGACUUCCCGCAACGAGUGCUUCAACUAUGACUCGAAGCUGGCAGCAGCAGCAGCAGCAGCUUACAAGAAGGAGCUGCGCUGCCCGCCGACUGCUGCUGCAGUGCUGGCGCAGCAGCAAAAGCGGAAGCAGCUGGACGAGCAGCUGGAGAAGCAGCUGAUGGACGAAAUGCAGAAAAACCCCGAAAAGGCCCUUUUGGAUGAUGGUGACUCCGUUUUGGAAAAUCUGGGAUGCGGGCCUGUCCACAUUGCCAGCAGCAGCACUCUUUGCUGCCCCGAACUCAAAGAAGUUAACGAAAAAAUUGCGCAGCAAGAGUUCAUCAAAGGCCAGCACUUUCGCCCCUGCAAGCUCUUCGCCUCUCACCCUGCAUGCGCCCAACUCAUCAACCAGUUUGCAUGCGGCCGCUGGAAGUUCUCUCUUUCAGUUCCUGCUGCUGCCAAACCUACUUCUCCGGAGAACAGGGAAUCCUCAGAGGCUCCUGGCGAGUCAUCCGGCGGGGCAGCAGAAGGGCCUUUGGCCGCAGCAGCAGGAGCAGCAGCAGGAGCAGCAGCAGCAGCAGCAGCGCCGGCGGUGUGCCUGGAGGUGAGCCCACGGAGACUGCUGCUGCUGGCCGCCGCGUCUUUCACCAGGUGCGGUGGGGGCCCGGGAGCGCAGCAGCAGCAGCAGCAGCGGCGGCAGCAGCGGCAGCAGCAGCAGCGGCAGCUUCAGGAGGGGCAGCAGCAGGAGGGGCAGCAGCAGGAGGGGCAGCAGCAGGAGGGGCAGGCAGCAGCAGGGGCAGCAGCGAAGGCAGCAGCAAAGGCAGCAGCAAAGGCAGCAGCAAAGGCAGCACGGGCCCUUUCGCGGGCCCCCAGGGCCCAAGGGAGCGCUGCAGCGGCUGCCUCUGUCUCCUCCCCGUGGGAAGUCUACGCAGUGGCAGUGGCGCAGCAAAACAAAGACAGCAUUUCGCAGGCCUGGGCUGAGGGGGUCACAGUGCUACCGCAGCGGGAAGCAGUUCUUCUCAUGUUGGCUUUUUUGCCCGGCAGCGCCCACGUCGAAAUCACAGUGAAAGCCUCUACAGACUCGCCCGUGGCCAUCACCAAGGUUUGUGGUGUUGUUUUGGAGCUCAGCAUCGAGAUGCUGGAGGGGAUGAGUCUGUCUCAGAAUGCGAAUUCGCCGUCAGUGACAAUAGGGGAUUUGCUGCGGCUGAAUGUGCUGCGGCACUUGAUGUCGAAGGCGCUGCAAGGAGACGCAGAAGCAGCAGCAGCAGCACUGCAGCCAGUUUCUGCGCGCCCGGGCGCCAAGGGCCGCCAGCCCACAGAGGCCCUCUUAGUAGAAGAUGGCCACGGCCAGCUCCAGGAGGCCCUUGCUGAAGUUCUGUCUCAGUGCAAUUUCCCCGUCACCGCCUCUCAGGUCAACGAGCUUCUUCUCCGCGCAGGCGCUGUUGCGGACCCGCGAGUGCACUUGCUGUUUCACCGGGGGCUGCCGCUGCGGGGCGAAGCCUCGGGGCGAAAAGGCAGCAGCAAAAAGGGAGGAGACAGCAUCUUUUCCUUCACUUUGUCUGCCUUUGGGCCCCCCAAGGCUGCUGACUCUGCCUGCCUGCCCCCCUUCAACAUUGCGGCCAUUGCCCAGCACUUCCACGGCCUUCUGCAGGAAUCCCAGCGACGAGCACCAGAGCCUCGCAGCAAAAAGCAGCAGCAGCAAAAUCAGGCGUCUCGGCGUGGGGCAGCACACGGGGGCAAACAGAAGGGGAGAAAUGCUAACGCGGGAGGCAGCAAGCGGGGGUCUCAGGCGAAUGCACAGAGAGGGCAGGGGCAGUACCAGCAGCAGCAGCAGGCACAGGGAAGACAAUCGCAGCAGCAGCAGCAGCAGAGGGCUUCGGGCCGCAGGAGAGGCAGGGGCGGUCAGUCCUUUGCUCAGUCGGCAGGAGACAACCGCCAGCAGCAGCAGCAGCAGCACACGCAGCAGCAGCAGCAGCAGCAGGGUCAGCCGCAACAGCAGCGGCAUCAGCAGCAGCAGCAACAGCAGCAGCGCUUCCCCGCGGGCUUUGUUCAGUUUUCAGACCCGAAACGGGGGGGCCCUUCUGGCCACCGCGGGGCCCAAGAUAUGCAGCAAGCGGCACCCUUGCCUUUUAAGCAGCAACGUGGGGUCCCACCGCCGCCAGCUGGCGCUGCUGUCAACAGCAGUGACCCAUCGCUCGGCCAGCCCUUGGCGCCGCACCACAGAGCUUACCGUAUGGACCCACUCCAGGCGCACGCUGCGGACGGCGGGCAGCACAUGGGCGUUCCUGUUUACAGCCGGCAGCAGCAGCAGCAGCAGCACCACGCGUCGCCUUCUAGAUACGGAGGAGUCACAGGUGCAGCUUGUGCAGCAGCUGGUGGUGCCCCAACUCUACUGCAGCAGCACCCGCAACAAGCUUAUCUCCCUCCCUACAGGCAGCCGCAGCAGGUGCAGCAGCACCCCUACGCCCACAACCCUUACGGACUGCAGCAGCCCUUCUUGGAUGCUUCUCGCCUUCCCCGGCAGCAGCACAUGCCUCUUGCUGCUGUCGGGGGGACGGCGCCCCUGCAGCAGCUGCAGCAGCUGCAGCAGCUGCAGCAGCUGCAUCUCGGCGCUGCUGGCGCGCCGCAGCAAGCACAUGCACAGGCAGCAGGGUACAGGGCCCCGCAUGCUGCAGCGCUGCUGCAGCAGCAGCUGCGAAUCCCCCCAGUGCAUGGGGGCAGCGCCGGAGGCCACCAGAAUAUGUUUGGGUCUUAUGCGGGUAGAUGA